ACAGAGGAAGGGGAACCAGACCUGCUGAUCAUCAAGGUGGAGGGAGAAGCAGAUGACCAGGACUCUAGGAUCAGCCACCCAGCUAGAACAGUGGAGGGCAGCAGAGAACUAACCACCCGCAACUGGCUGCAGCCACCACAGAGGACCCCGCCUUCCAGUCCAGUGGCCCCAGAGGCAACAACAAUACAAACACCGCUAUGGAGACCUGGCACCAUAGAACGACCGUACGGUUGCCCGAACUGCCAUAAGAAGUUUGUCCACGAGAGUGACUUGCGGCAGCACGUCGUCAUACACACCAGAAAGCGGGUGUUCGCCUGCACCUUGUGUGAGAAGAGCUUUGUGUCCCCCAGCAAGCUCCAAGUGCACCAGAACGUCCACACUGGGGAGAAGCCCUUCAGUUGUGCACAGUGCGGGCGCAGGUUCUCCCAAUCCAGCAAUCUGAAUAGACAUCAGAAGCUUCAUCAUUGA